GCGGGCGCCGCGCCGCUGAUUAGUCAGCGGGCCCGUUACUCAAAGACGUCCGGCGCGGCCAUUGGGCGGCGCUCAGGCGGGGGGGCGGGCCUUUCUCCCCGCCGCGGCAGCAGGAGGAACCCAGGCGGCUGGCGGGGCUGGCGAUGGCGUUAAGCGCCCCUCGUGCGUGAGCCCGCUGCCGCCGCGGGGAGCGCCCCGCUGAGGGAGGGCACCCGCCGCGCGCCGGAGAGUGGUUUCGCUUCGUACGGGAAGGAGAGGAGAACAUGAGGGGAGCGCGGCGCUGAGGCUGAGGCAUUUGGAAGGGAUGUUCUUGCUGAUUCAAGACAACAUAGUUCUGUUCAAGACUCUACACUGGGGAUAAGGACAUGGGACUCCUCCUGCCAGAUUCCAGAUGGUUCAUUACAACUGACAUCUUGGUUGACAACUGUGGAAAGGAACUUUGGAUUAUUUUAUUUUAUUUUUGUGGUAGACCACAAUCCCCAAACUGUAGAACACAUCAGGUAAUAAAUCAGAUAUUUGCUUAGACUUUUCUAUACUCUUAUUUUUAUUAUUUCCCUAUAAAAGACUUUAAGCAUGCAGAACUUACUCUUUUUCUUUAAAGAAAUGGAGAAUUCUUGAUUUUACAUCUUACACUGCAACUGAGUCAUAGGAAUAAGUUGUAUUUGGUAUUUCGUAGGGAAAACUAAGAUGGUUCUGUUACUAGCUUUAAUCAUUAGAGUUCUCUAUAUUUAUUAUAAAUUAUUGUUAUUAGUAAUUAUUGAUAAUGGUGAUUAUUAUAAUUGCCAAAGCUAUUUUGUCUUUAUUGCUUCUGGGAGUGCUUAAUUUUAUCAGGACCAGUUUCAUUACAUUUCAUUACAUUCAGUACUUGCCCCUUUGUUAUUGGCAGCCAGGAGACUUAAAAUGAUUUAAUGAAACUUAGUGUAUUUGCACUCUUGGUACACUGUCAUUUGUCUGUUUACUCUCAACCCUUUCAAAGUAAACCUGCCUGUAAUUCCUUCUUCCCUUCAAAUGAGAAAAUCUUCCCCUGUUUCUGUUAGAAUCUAAUUUGAUUUGGAGCGUUGAAAUGUUCAAGCGUUUAUUUUUAAAUACAGGAGGGAAAACCUGCAAGUGUUAUCCCACAGUGUAGUUGUUUAGUUCUCUCAUACAGAUAUCUGUGGUUAUAUGCCUCUUGAUAAAAGUGGUGAAAAUAUGAUGAUCACUCCUUCCCUCUGAUACAAAAAAUGAGAAAUACCAUAACAGGAGUGCAAAUCUUCAUGGUAGUGAAAUCAUUUCUAUUUUGGAUAGCUGUUUAAGUAUAUGCGUUUAUUUAAUUUAAAAAUCCUCAGUGAUCCCCCUUUUUCUUUGUCCUAAAGGUUCCAUAUUUCUUGUAGAAUUUUAAAAUAAUCUUUUCUAAUGAGGAUGUCUGAUAUUCUUACUGUAAAAGAUGAAACUGAUGCAAUGAAGGGUUCAGAAGCUGAAUUUAAAGAUACAGAACCAGAUGAAAACCUUAUAAAAUCAGGAAGUCAGGAGCAGAUCCAAGCGGAAAAGGAUGAAAAUUGUCCUGAUAGCAAAAACGAUAUGCCGGAGAAAAUUCAAAUCCAGUUGUCACAUUGUUUUGAAAAAGAAGAAAAGCCUGCAAAAGAUGAAACGGAAAAGGAAAAGUCCAGUGAUAAAUUGCCCAGAAAAAUGUUAUCAAGAGAUUCCAGCCAAGAAUACACAGAUUCCACUGGUAUAGAUCUUCAUGAAUUUUUAGUAAAUACAUUAAAAAACAAUCCCAGGGACAGAAUGAUGCUGCUGAAAUUAGAACAGGAAAUUUUAGAUUUCAUUGGUAAUAAUGAAGUUCCAAGAAAAAAGUUUCCCCCAAUGACAUCUUACCAUAGAAUGCUGUUGCACAGGGUAGCUGCUUAUUUUGGAUUAGAGCACAACGUGGACCAGAGUGGGAAGUCAGUCAUAGUAAAUAAAACUAGCAAUACAAGAAUACCUGACCAAAAGUUUUGUGAGCAUAUAAAGGAUGAGAAGGGUGAUGAUUUUCAGAAGCGGUACAUCCUUAAAAGAGAUAACUCUAGUUUAGACAAAGAUGACAACCAGAUGAGAAUACGAUUAAAAGAUGACAGAAGAAGUAAAUCAAUAGAAGAACGUGAAGAAGAAUACCAGAGAGCUAGAGAGAGAAUAUUUGCUCAAGAUUCCCUGUGUUCCCAAGAGAAUUAUUUCACUGAUAAAAGAAUCCAGGAGGAAGAAACUAAUAGUACACAACAAAGACGACAGAUAUUUAGAAUCAAUAAGGAAACAUCAGGGAGAUCAGCCAACAGCCAUCAGAGCAGUACUGAGAAUGAGCUGAAGUAUUGUGAACCCCGUCCCUGGAGCAGCACCGACUCUGAUAGUUCCAUCCGCAAUCUGAAGCCAGCUGUAACGAAAGCCAGCAGCUUCAGUGGGAUAUCAGUUCUGACAAGAGGAGAUAGCUCUGGAAGCAGCAAAAGCACAGGCAGGCUGUCUAAGACAGGUUCAGAGUCUUCUAGUAGUGUAGGGUCAUCCACGGGUUCUCUUUCUCACACCCAGCAGCCUCUUCCAGUGCCAGCUCUAAGCCAGCCUUCUCAUGGCACGCCUGCCGUCUAUCCAACUGUCAGCACUAGUAACUCUCUUUCCUUUGAUGGUGGCAUAAAUGGGCAAGUGGCACCUACUAGCACUAGCUUCUUUUUGCUUCCCUUGGAAGCGGCAGGCAUACCACCUGGCAGUAUUCUGAUCAACCCGCAAACAGGUCAGCCGUUCCUCAAUCCAGAUGGCACUCCCGUUGUGUACAAUCCACCGAUGCCUCAGCAGCCCGUUAGGACCCAAGUGCCUGGACCUCCACAACAGCCACCUCUUCCCCCACCACCUCAGCAACAGCCAGCAGCUAAUCACAUCCUCUCACAGCCUAUCCGGCCUCUGCAGCCUUCUUCCCAGCCUGUUCAGUACUCUGCAGUCUCUUAUCCACCCCCGCUCCUGCCAGUCUCCUCUACCCAGCAAUAUUCUGUGCAAGACAACCUAGGAUCACAAUUUAGCCAUAUGAGUCUUGCCCGUCAGCCACCUGCUGAUCCAGCUGAACCUCAUACUACUAUGUUCCAGUCCACUGUAGUCCUCCAGCCCCCACAGCAGUCUGGUUAUAUCAUCGCAGCUGCUCCACCUCCACCACCCUCUGGCCAGCCAGUUUCUACUCAAGGCUACUCUACAUCUAGCCACCCUGUCAGCCAGCAAGUGCUCCAGCAGCAGGGAUAUAUGCAGCAACCUGUGCCGCAGAUGCCAGCUUGUUAUUGUACACCCAAUCAGUACCCGCACUCCAGCCAACAGUAUCGACCUGUUUCUGUCCAUUACAACACGCAGCAAAACCAACCAUUGGCACAGCCUGGACAGCAGACAGGUUACCAAGUUUUGCCUAACCAGCAGCAAAACUACCAGGGUUUAGUUGGAGUUCAGCAGUCUCAGAAUCAAAAUCUAGUCAGUGGCCAACACAACAAUGUUGGGAAUCAAAUUCAAGGUGUGAUUGUUCCAUAUCCUUCAGUGCCAUCAUAUCAGGUUUCGGUGCCUCAAGGUUCCCAGGCAGUGCCCCAGCAGACAUAUCAACAGCCUGUAAUAAUUCCCAGUCAGUCAAAUCAAGGAUUGCCCACAACAGGAAUGCCAGUUUACUACAGCGUCAUUCCAUCAGGUCAACAGAAUAAUUUAAGUUCAUCAGUAGGAUAUUUGCAGCCUCCUGGAUCAGAGCAGAUACAGUUUCCUAGAACAUCAUCACCAUGUAACUCUCAGCAGCUUCAAGGACAGCAAUGUGCAGGUUGGAGGACUGAAGUUUAUAGCAACCAUUCAAGUCAGAAGCCAUCACCUCCUACAUUAUUGCCACCUUCAUCAAAGUCAAAGCCACAACAGGCUGCUUCCAUUGUGCACUACAGCAUAGUGUCUCCACCCUCAUCAUGUAAAAGUUCACCCACUGGUCUUUCCAUCAUGCAGCCAAUAAAAGCAGUAGCAGCACCACCAGGUGGAGGAGUAGUAAUGAUGCAGCUCAAUAUACCUAACAAUCCUCAGCCUCGGAACCAUUCACCUCCACAGUGGAAACAGAAUAAAUACUACUGUGAUCAUCAAAGGGGGCAGAAGUCCACAGAACUUAGCACUUUAGACAGUGCUGCACAGUUGCAGCAUAGUCCUCAAGUAGGUAGUCCCGUCACCUCACCGGCCCAAUCACCAGCACCAGCUCAGCUAUCAAACAUGAAGAACAUCCGUCCCACAUUAACACCUCUUUCUAUUGUGCCCCAGUUUUCUAGACCUUUCGUCCCUGGACAAGGAGAUGCCAGAUACCCAUUGCUCGGCCAGCCCCUGCAAUACAAUCCACCAUCUUUAUUACGUGGACAAGUAGCAAGCCAACAGUGUCAGCCUGGAAACAGACAUGGAAACAGGGGGAAGAAACCAGCAAAGAAGGCUGCUUCAACAGAUCUUGGUGCGGGAGAACCAGUUGUGGGAAAAGUUCUAGAAAUAACUGAACUGCCAGAAGGCAUAACUCGUAUGGAAGCAGAGAAACUGUUUGGAGAACUUUUAAAAGUUGGUGCCAAGAUUCGGUGGCUAAGGGAUUCGCAGUGUCUGCAGACGCAGCAGCAGCAGCACCGUCGUUACUGUGGCAGCGGAGAUAGCAAUGUGAGCACUGAGCCAUCCAAACCCAGUGACUUGGCCUCCACGUACACGGUUCUAGCUACGUUCCCUACGAUGUCGGCUGCUCAGAAUGCAUUGAAGAAACAAAGUAGUACCUCAGUUAACAAGUUCAGGCUGAGAACGAGCAAGAAGCACUACGACUUUCACAUUCUGGAAAGGGCUAGUUCUCAGUAGCAGUUCCGUCGGUGGACACUCAGCCUUUACUACUUCAUGUCCUCCUCUCCUCGAUUGGCUUGAUGUUACGGGGUUUCUGCUCUAUUUAGAGAGACUCCUGGGAUGUUUUGUCGUGUGACAGUAACCAUUGAAGAAUAACCCAGUGAUCCAGCGAGAUGAAGAAAAAAAUAGAGUUGAUCCCAGACAAUAGCAAGGAAUCACCUUUGAGACAGGCAGCUUUCUAUAAGGAAUGCCGCUGAAAUGCCCCCUACUUUUAUAAUAGUUUUGUUUUAUAUUUUUGAAUUCUUGUAUCAGAUCCAAAGUUCUAUUGUACAGCAGACAUUCAUAAAAUCCCACAUUCAGAUUUGUAUUUUAUAAUCCCUUUUCACAGCCAGCACGCAGUUGUCCGUUCCAAAGCAGGAGCCUGAGGAUUGGUGGAGGGGAAAAGAGAACCAUGUCCAAGGAAUUACACUCAUUUUCUAGCGAAGUACCCCAAAUCUUCAAAUUAACCUGUUCCUUUUCCCUUGCGUUUUUCUUUUUUUUGUUUUUUAAAGAAAAAAAUAUAAUUUUAGUAACUAGCUAACUCCUUAGAUGGUUGUUUUCUUUUGAGAUUCAUUCAAACAAUGUCAAAAGAAAUUACAAAUUGUUUGUACCCUUGAAGGAUUUGCUUCUGAUCCAACAAGUUUAAUAAGUAUUUAAGGGGGAAUAUGAAUAGAUUACAAAGAAUGUUCACUGAAUCACAUUUUAAUAUUUCUUUUUAACAAAAAGGUGAAGAAACUAAAAUGUAUCUUCACAAGUGACAAAAUGUUUGCACUUUAAUUGUGUUCCCACCAGUAUGAAUCUUUCUCUUCCUUUUCACGCUAAGAUAAUUGUAUUUGAUAAGUGCUGGAAACCUUUUUAAUGGUUUAAGUUUUCAUCAUUUGCAGAUGCUCACUGGACAUUAAAGAUUAAUUGCACAUAAAAAUGAAACAAACAUUUUUUUCAAUUUGUGUAAUUUGCAAGGCUGUACAAUGUGUGCUGAUGCAAGCCUUUUUCAGUUCAAGAAAAUAAAUGUUUACAAACAAA